GUUUCUGAUGAAUCACAGAAUAAUGUACUUAAAGUUCAAAUAGAUGAAGCAUUAAAAGAUAUAGUAAAAGCUCAAAUUGAUGAAACAUUAAAAGAUCCAAUUGAUAAAUUUAACAAACUAAUUGAAUUAAUUGAAAAAAAGGAUCAGGAUA